AUGGUUGAAAAAAAAAAGUUCGACGCUUGUUUAUUACGUACCGAAGCAGAUAUAUUUAUUGUUGCUGAAUGGCAUCAAAUUGUAACGGCUGCUGAUAAAUCCAAGUUACGUGUUGGUUCUAUCGUGGGAUUUAAAAGAUCACAAAAAACAAGAGAAAAAAUAAUUCGCGGAACUAUUGUAGUCACUGGAAAAUUGAGUGUAUGCGAACAACAACAGAAGCUGUUGACAUCGAAAGCAAAGAAAAAGAAAGCUCCAGCAACUACUUUCGACGAUGAAGACGAAUCUGAAGAUGAGAUGGAAGAUUUUUCAACUGAUAGAAACUUAUCAAAUUCAAAGGAUGAAAAUUCAUCUGAAUCAAACGAUGAUUGUUUACACAUAGAUGAAGAAGAAGAAAUUAGCAAUGAUCGUUGUUCAAAUGGAAAACAAGUUGAUCUGAUGAAUGUUGCUGAAGUUCGAGAUAAAAAUUCAACAGCUAACACACAUACAACAUCUUCUAAUGCAGAAUCUGUUCAAGAUAAAGAAACGACAAAUACUGCACACUCAAAUAAGCGUCUUAGUUAUGAUGAUAAAAACGAACAUCCGGUACAGAAAAAAAAGUGCGUUCUAUCUUCAAGUUUGGAUGAACUGCGAGCCGAAAAUAGUCGAUUAAAAAAACAAAUAGAAAUGUACAAGAACGAAUGGAUGCCUCGCCCAACUGAUCCUGGCGUUAUUCGAUAUUUUACACGUAUGGUGGGAAUUUUUUCAUGCAAUCGUGAAGAUGAUGAAAGCAAGGGUGACAAAUUAGUUCGUAUUUGUAAUGAUUUAAAUAUGGAAGAACGACAAUUGAUCCGAUUGCAAAAAGAAAAUGGUACAAAAACAGCUAGAGCUAUUGUACGUGCUUAUUAUCCUGCGGCUGUUCGUAAUGAAAUUAAACCUGAAGAGAUUGACGACAAUUUCAGAAAUGCUAUUCAUGAUUAUGUUCAACUCAUUCACGGGUUGGAAGGACUGACUCAAGGGAAAAUCAAUGAAAGCAUUAACAAUGUAUUUCGCAGCGCAAAGAGUCAAAACAAGAAGGACAGACAAAGACAAAGUGUACAAUCAACCACUAUGAAAGAAUGUGAGCAACUGAAUGAAGAUUUAGCUCUUAUGAACGAGCCAAACAAUUUUGCGGAUGAAUUUGAUAAUGAUGUUACUUCGUCUAGUGACGAGGCACCAAUUAAUUUUGAUAAUAUCUCGCUUUUAAGUUUAAUAUCUGAGACUGCAGCUAAAUCUUGUACAUCAGAACAUGAGCAACAUACGAUCAAUAGUAGCAACGCAUCAUCGACACGAUCAAUUGAAAAAGUUGAUCUAGCAGCAGCGUUGGUCUCAUUGAAAACUCGUCAUUCUUUAUCAGCAGUCUGCAUAAACGAUCUUUGUUCAUUAUUGUGUCUUUUAAAUGUUCAUGAUGCUCCUCGUAGUUGGUUUCAUGUGAAGAAGGCAUUAAAUAAAUCAUUUGGAUCGACGCUUGAUCGAACAAUAUGGUUUGUAUGUCCAAGUUGUAAAAAGGCAUCGGAUAAUGCAUUUAGCUGCUCAAGUGUUAGCUGUGACUGGUGUUUUGCACCUCCAGCCAGUCUACCAACUUAUUUUUAUAUUUUCAAUAUACAUGAGCAACUUAACUCAAUAUUAGCUAUAACAACAGAUGUACAUUUAUCACAAUGCUCAAAUCGUACAUCACCUUUAAAUUUUCAAAUGAGAGAUAUUAUUCAUGGGGAUCAAUAUCAAAAAUUACUUCAUGAACAAUCUGAUGAUAUAUUGACACUCACUAUGAGCACGGAUGGAAUACAACCAUUUAAUUGCAGUGAAAAAUCGAUUUGGCCAGUGACAUUUGUGAUCAAUGAAGUUAAACGAAAGAAAAGAUUCUGUUUUCAAAAUUUAAUACUUGGAGGAGUGUGGCCAGGCCCAGCGAAACCGAAGCGUUUUGAGAUGUCAGCUUUUCUGGAGACAAUUAUCGUACAGCUCAAAGAGCUGGAAAAAGGAUACCAUUUUAGAUGUCGCUUAAGUGCAGGUUAUGUGACACGAUUUUUUAAAGUAUUCUUAAUCUGCGCAUGUAUGGAUAAACCAGCACAAGCACUUGUACAAAAUCUACCUGAACCAACUGCGAAGUUCGGUUGUGGCAGGUGUGAAAUUCGUGGUUAUACAGUACGCUCUUCUGUUGGUUCUGAUCAUUGCAUUAAUUGUUUUCCGAUCAAAAAAUCUGCUAUUCAACCCAAUUUAAGAUCAAAUGAUCGACAUGAUCAUCUAGUAAUGAUUAAAGAAAAAAAUGAUGCAGACAUAGCAAAAAUAACUUCGCGUCGACUUGGUCGUAUUGCUAAACGUCAACUCAAACAGAAAAUAGCAGAAAAUAAGCAAUCUGAAUAUGGAAUUCUUGGCCCUUGUAUUCUUCGUCAACUGAAAUAUUUUGAUGUUGGAUUUAGUUUUUUGUCUGACAACCUUCAUAAUGUUUAUCAUGGAGUUUUCAGAAAACUAUUGAAUCUUUGGCUAAAAUCUAAUUACAAAAAAGAAGACUGGUCAUGUUAUUAUUAUCAUGAUGAAUUAUCAUCGAUGUUACAAUCAUUUCGUUUUCCAUCUACAACAUCUCGACGACCUCGUUCACUUCUUAAGUUCAAAAAGCUGAAGGCUAACGAAUUACGAAUGGUACUUCUCUUUGGAUUUGUGAUAUUUAAAAACGCCCUCAAUGCCAAAUACUACAAUCAUUUUCUGAAAUUAGUAUUUGCUAUGUAUUUUUCAGAGAAUCGGUGUGUAACGGCGGGGAUGAUUGGCAAUAUUAAGAGUCUUCUACAUGAAUUUCUCAUUGAAUUUCCAAAAUUGUACACGGUCCGACAUAAUCAACAAGUCGUUCAUUCUCUGAAUCAUAUUGGACAAACUGUAAAUGAUUAUGGCCCAUUAACUUCAUACUCCACAUUUCACUUUGAAAGCAACCUUGGUAUGAUCAUGCGAACAAUAAAGGGAACUCGCCGAGAAGAAAUAGAAAUGAUUGGAAAUUUGAACACGUUUAGAAGUGCAUGUUUCCAUCUGCAGGAUUCUACGAUAAAUGAUGAUAUCAGAAGUUAUAUUGAAAAACUUUUAUAUGGUCGUGGAUAUUAUGCUUCAUCAACAUAUACAGCAAAGACUAUUCACUCAACAGGUGCUGUAGAGAGAAUCUCGAAUUUAUUUUCUAAUCAAAAACUUCGAUUUUUCUCGUCAUAUAAAAUUGGUCGAGUUCGCUAUACAACUGUUGAUUAUUCAAAUACAAAAGUGGUAGAUGAUUCAGCAGUUUUAUUUCAGGUUAAUGGUGAAAUUCAUUUUGGUUUAAUUAAUUCAAUAUUUACAGAUGAUGAUGAUGAAACUUUAGUAGAAGUAUGGCCUCUUUCUAAUCCAAAGGAUUUUUAUAUACUUAUCAACGGCAAAAAAAUUGAUAUGCCAUCAAUUCAAGAAGGCAAAUUAGAAAAAAAUGAUAACUUUUAUUAUGUCUCGGCUUGUGAUAUCAUUGAGAAAUGUGUGUAUUGGAGAAACAAAUCUAAUGAUUUCAUAUUUUUUCGCUAUCCAAACCUUGAAGAGAGUUCAUGA